AUGAAGUACAUAAUAGAGCAUAUGGAAGAAGGAUUUUCCGAAUGGGUCGUAUUAGAAUAUUCUCAGAUCAUCAGAGACGUUGGUAAGGACAACCUUAUUCUUACAUCUCUUCCACCAUCAACUACUGAAAAGGAUAUUCCUCAAAGAUUGCUUGACCUCGGUAUCAACUGGACCACAAAGGAAUGUGUGGAGAUAGAAAAAGGCGGCUUACAGAAAGAUGAAGUUUGCUUACUUGACCCCGCUGCUAAAACGGAUUUGACGCCUCAAGACAAAACAAAAUUCAAAUACUUUGUAUUUGGUGGUAUCUUGGGACAACAUCCAAGGAUUGAUCGUACGGGGAUUCUACGUGAAAAAUAUGGGUUUGCAGGAAGGCGAUUGGGAUCUUUACAGAUGACUACGGAUACUGCCGUUAGAACCACACAACGAAUCAUUGAAGAUGGGAUAGAGUUUGGCAAGAUUAAGUUUUUGGAUUAUCCUGAAAUAAAGUACAAUAAAUAUGAAUCGACCGAGAUGCCUUUCCGGUACGUUGUUGAUGACAAGGAUGAACCGAUUUUGCCUGAAGGAAUGUUGGAGUUGAUCAAAAAAGAUGCCGAUCAAAGUAUAGACGAUUUAUUGAUUGAAUAA